GAUUUCAGUUGUGGAAUUCUUUAAUAAAGAAAUAUUUAAGCUAACAGUUGGUUUUUAGCACAAUUGAGUUCUUGCAAUACAAUUAUUAAGUAAUUCUGUAACAUAGGACAUUUAAAAUAGUUGUUUUUUGAAAAUAGGUCGAGUGUUGCGUGUCGGUCCUUCAAUCUCGAUAUCGAUUCCUUCACUGGCCGCUAGAGCGCACUCAGUACUCACGUCUAAUCUAAAUAUGGCGGCUCGAUCAAUGAAGUUGUAGUGUGUAGUGAAGUCUAGUGUAAAAAAUUGAAAUGAUUAAACAUUGUGAUUAUUUUGCGUGUUAAUAAAUAAAUGGGCCAUGGGAAGAGGCCAGGAUUUGUUGGAUGCGGCGCGUAAAGGAGAUGAGCGGAGUGUUGAGAAAAUUUUAGCACAAAUAACUAAAAGGAGUGGUCCUUUUACGAGUUUAAGAAGAGGUGCCGGUGUGAAUGUGCAAGAUGACAAUGGAUACACGCCGCUGCAUCACGCUUGUCUGCGUGGUCACAAGGAGAUUGUACGGUUGCUACUAUCGGUAGACGCGUCGCCAUGCGUGGCAGACAAAAAGGGCGCUACGCCCCUCCACCUGGCCGCGUGGAAGGGCGACUCCGACAUCGUGGGCAUGCUGCUGGCGCACAAUAACCCGCCUGUCAAUGUUAACCAAGUGACGCUGGACCAAGAGACGGCGCUGCUGAUGGCCGCUCAGUUUGGUUUCGUCAAUGUCGUCGCGCAACUGAUAGCCCGCGGUGCUGAUGUGAACAUCAGGAAUAUUAAGCAGGAGAGCGCUCUGGAUCUCGCCGCGCAGUACGGACGGUUGGAAACGGUCCAGCAUCUGUUGAGAGUACAACCGAUGUUAGUGCAGCCGUAUAAGUAUCCCAACUGGAAAGUUCGAUCGUUUUCGUCAACGCCGUUGCAUAGAGCCAGCAAGAAUGGUCACAAGGAAGUGGUCUCGCUUCUGCUAGCGGCGGGCAUAGACCCGAACGUUCGCACCAACUCGGGCACACCCCUCCACGACGCGGCUUGCUUCGGCAAAGCGUCCGUGGUGAGGAUACUGCUCGCGAAGGGCGCGGACCUGCGCGCGCUGGACGGCCGGGGGAAGACGGUCGAGGAUCUGCUGGCGGAUUAUUCGGAGGAGGCCACCAGGCGGGUCCGGAGAGUUAUACGAGAAUACGAAAGUAUGGCCCGUAAUAACUACGAAAGCGAAGAGGACCUACCGCCAUUCCCCGUACAAGACUGCAGCCCCACGAGUUAUCCCCACCAACUCGUCAUGACAACCCACGAGACCCCGAAAAACAAUAUAAACGAUAGCUUUUCAACUUCAUCUUCAUCACUUGUAACACGAAAUCCAUCUCAGAGUUUCGUUAAAAAGCUUGCUUCGAAAUGCUUGGGCCUCAAAGCAAAGUUUAACUCUGCUCCUAACAUUACUAACAUAACAGAGUCGAACGUCGAUGUUAAAUCAAAGUCUGAUGUAAAAUCCAAUUCGAGCGGCUUUCAAAAAGGGAAUAGUACAUUUUUUAAACGAUUGGCAAAGAAAGAGGAGUCUGGUGAGGUUGUUUGUAACGAUGAAUUUGAUACGAUUUCUUUAGAUAGAGUAGGAACUUUAAAUAGAGAUUCCGCUGUAAAUAGGAGUAAUAGAAGUUGCCCAGGUUUUAAAAAUUCCCUACCAAAUAUAUCUGAAAACAACGAACUGAGUGAUUCGAGAGAAUCUUUAUCAGAAUCCAUCGUUAUUGCAGAAAUUGACUCCGAUAUUAAUCAGAAUAGUAGAAAUAUAGUUGAGGCGGUUAACCCAACUGCGAUUCAAGAUAUUUUCGAGCCAAGACCUCAAAGUAACAGGAAAUCAACAAUAUCAAAUAUGUCUUCAGAAUCGGCUCACCUAGUUAACGAAUGCUACGAAUCCUAUGAGUUUUCCAGUUCCAUUGUCACUAGUUCCUUUGUUCAAACAAAAGUAGUCCAUGAUGCUAUUGCUAUGUCAAAACCCAAACCUCCACCGCGUUCAGUUGUACCAGAUAAUUCUCACAACAACAACAACACCAUCUACGCUAACUUUGUACUUGAAAAGAAUAACACCCUGUCUCCAAAGCCAGCAAAACGAACGCAUAUACCUGUUAAAGAAUCUAGUUUUACCGCAGAAAAACCAACGGUCUACGAAAAUAUUAUAAUACCUGUUCGAAAAGCACCAGAACCUCCCAAAAGGACGUUCUUUCCAACUCAAUCCAAUAAUUCUUCACCCAGUAUCAGUAGAUCUUCUACGUUAUCUUCUGAUUCUAUGAUUGACGAGACAAAUUUAGAAGAUAUUCUUCUAUCCGAAAAAUCAAGAUCUUUUCGCCAUGGACGAAAAUUAGUCUCCCGAAAAGAAUCUAGUAAAUCUAGUAUAAAUAGGACUCAAUCGAAUGCAUCGGAAUAUUCUGAUGUAACCGAAGCGAGUGCGUUAGAAAAUGUUGAUUGUAGUGGUGAGGUUGAUGAAAAAUCUAUGUAUUUAUCGAUGACUGGUACAUUGCCGACUAAGAAAACAGAAAGAACUGUUAAAAAGAAAGUCUUAUUUAGGCAUAAAACAUUCACUAAUAUUGAAGUUGAUAGAAAUUCAGUAAAUGUUAGAGAUUUGCCUAAAUGGAAUGAUGCAUUCUUAAAAGAAACGUUGGCACAUUAUCACAUAAGAGGCACGGGACAUUGUAUGUAUAAAGGUCCCACUGUUCAGGAGUUUCUCUCUAUUUUUAACACAGAUACCAUAAGCACAGAUUCCUCGAUGACUGAAACCAACAAAAAACGGAAAAGUUAUUUCGAAACUGCAAUAUGUUUUUGUAGAGCUAAGCCUCCCAAAUUCCAUAAUAGUGCCGAGGAUCUUUUAGAUAUUCCGCCUAAAAGUGAAGAGACUGUAACUAUAGAUAUGGAUGUUUUAAGGGAUAGAAUGGAAAUGAUUUCGACAUCAUUUAGAUGUUUCUGUGAUUCAGGGAAAUGUUCGUUACAUGCAAGUAAGCGAGAUUCUCCUAUAGACUUAAUUGUGAAAUUCUCUGCCAUAAAGAAAAGUAUAUCUACUCCAGAUAUUACGUUAGAGACAACUCUUUCUUUGACCAGACAAAAAACCGGUUUAACAAAAAAUAAAUCGGUGCCCUCUAAUUUAGAAGAGCCUUACGCUGUAGUUAACGUGCAAGAUAUUUUAGAACGGACAGAUUCAAACUGUAAAAAAUCAAUCCGCGAUAGCUAUACAUACGUCGAAAUGUCACCACAUUCCUCUAUAUCGUCAACGGCUAGGCCUUAUUCACUUAAAGAUAUAUCUGAAGUCAUGUCGUUGAAUUCGAAUAGAUCAAAAUCGACCGAUUCUAAAUCUUUGUGUGCUUCUGAUCUACCGCUGAACAAGUCAAAUUCCUCGGAACACUCUGGUCAUUGGUCGUUGCAGUCGUGCAAUUCCAACGUCACAAUCAUAUCCGAUUCAUCAUUCAAAACGUGCAUGGAGGAAUCGUCAGACGACGGUUCCGACGGUAGCGUGCAAUCGGACGAGGACAGUUCCGACGCGGAUACGAUAAAAUCGGACGUCAGUACAGCUAAGCGUCCUUGGAAGCAUAGCGAUUCCUUUAGAUUCGGGAGUACAUUGACGCGUGGUUUGGACGACGUGGAUGAAGAGCCAUUAGAGGCGUCAAAGUUCGAAUGUGGCGCGGAUAGUUCCUCGUCCGAUUGCGACGACAGCGGUGUUCCGGGGUCGAAUCUGUCGCUUUCCGCUUCGCUUGAGCGUGGCACGGGGUUGGUUCGCAGUGGGUCACGGCGGCGUUGGGACGAGGCGGAGGGCACGAGCGAGGGGGACGCUCUGAGUGUGUCGAGCGCCGCCUCCAGCUGCGCGCCCGCGCAUCUCGCGCAUCACCACGAGUAUAGCAAAGUUUCGCCCACCCCUCCCAAGAAGCCUCCCAGGAGGAACCUCUCAGUGUCCCCCACCCAUGCCAACUCACCUUCUUCCGGUUACAGCUAUGAGCUCAGGUCUCAUGCUAGGAGCCAAGAUGACUUGGACGAUAUACAGGGUUCAAAACACUACCUCAAGCACGGUCGCUCAGUCGACCAAUACGUUGACGGUAAGCUAUCCUACAUGGAUUACGAGGACAACCACAACUCCCCUCGAGCCAUACCAGUGCCAAACCCAAGGACGAGCCUGAAAAACCGAUCACAGCCCGUCGCCAUAACUGCAAUGUACGAGAACGUCGUCAUCAAAGAGCAGAAUCCAAGACGGAAGCUCAGAAGGAACAACUUCGGCCCUCAGCACGACGACGUCGCCAUAGAGAGAGUGAGGAAAUACUCUAACCAAGAGCGGUCCUCUCUCGAGAGCCUACUCGACGACCAGUCCAUGAAUAGUCCGAGUGAUUGUGAACGGUAUUACGAUGGGCCCAAAAUCGAAAUUCCCUUAUCGCCGUCGCACUAUGAACAGCCCCCCACGCCUGACCACCCGCCCCCUUCAGCGAAACAGGCAGAGAGAAGUAUACACGAAAGGAUACGGCCGUUGAGUCAGGAAUACAAGAGGCGGUCAGCGCUGCGAGACAGCCAGACUGAGACGGACGUGAUUCUAUUGCGUGCCACGUCGGCUGUGUCGGUGGCCAGUGGGGCUACCGAUCGCAGCGGGACUGACAACUGCGUAGAGGAGUAUGUGUGCGACGUUCCUUUUGCUGGCCUCUUCAAAGGCUCAACCACCACUCUCGACGGUAUCGGUCUGCGGCCGAUGCCGGCGGAGCGGCCUAAGACGUUGCGCAAACUAAAGUCGGUGUACGAUGCGUCGCCGACUGAGCCGGCUAGUGUGACAGCUAAUAACAUUGGCAGCAAUGGACAGGUGGACAGAAACGUCAAUGGUACGGAAGACGAGGUCCGGAGAAGGAGCAACACCACCAGCUCCACGCACAGCGGGGACAAGUCCCUCUCCAUCCUCAGCCCGUUCGAUGAGCAGGAGGAAUGGGCAAAGAUCUCCGAGAUAAUGGCGUCUUUCGGCAGCAAGUUGGUUCGGGAAUCCGUCUUCGUGUCUGAGCUAGAACAGGAGUUCACGUCUAGGCUAGGUCUCAGCUGUUCUGAGUCUAGUCUGAGCCCGUCUGUGGCAUCUACAUUGGGCCUGUGGCUAUCUGGCUUGGGUCUACAUGAUUAUGAACCCUUGUUCAUUGAUAGCGGCUAUGAUGAUAUAGAUUUUGUGAACGGCAUCCUAGACGAAAACGACUUGCGCGAAAUGGGCAUAGAAGAAAACGAUAGACAGAAAAUUCUAGAAUCAUCCAAACAGUUACCUCUUAAAAUAGCAGAAAUAAGCAAUAACCAUAACAAUAACCUUAUUAAAAACCAAAACGAAUCCGUGGACGAGUGGCUGCGGAAUAUUAAUCUAGAGCAAUAUAGUGAUACGUUUAGAAAACAUUUAUAUGUAGAUAUGGAUAGAGUUAGGAGGAUAUGGGAGGUGGAACUGACAGCUGUUUUAGAAAUAAAUAAGCCCGGACAUCGGAAGAGGAUACUGUGUUCGGUGUCCGGGGAGCAGAAUGGACCCAUUAAUAAUAUCGAAGAUAUCAAUUCUGAUCUCAACAAUUUGAAGAACAACAUACAACAGCUGAAAGAGGAAAUCAAAGAGAAACUGCCUUCCGAGAACCUAAAGCCAGUGCCACCUCCCGUGGUGCCGUCACUAGCGCCACCUGGCGGGGAGACCCUGAAGAGAAGUAAAAAGAACAGGCCAGCACCCCAACCCCCUAGACCCUCGGAUCUGGAGAUCAGAGCACCCUCGGAGUUGUUGGUUGGUGUACCGGGGGCUCUGAAGACGCAGUGGAAGCAUCAGCCGUUCGUGUUGGUUACGGGGGCCGUCACGUACGUGGCUAAUUAUUUGGGAUCGACGGUGGUAAAGGAACUGCGGGGCACGGAGUCAACGAAGAAAUCGAUACAAAAACUGAAGAAAUCGACGAAGGAGCCGCGAGAUUCGCCCGACAUCAUUCUGUCGAUCAGCUAUCGAGGCGUUAAGUUCCUAAAUACUAUAACGAGGGAGUUGGUCUGCGAGCACGAGAUACGCAACAUCCACUGCGCUUGCCAGGACGCCGACGACCUGACCCACUUCGCGUACAUCACCAAGGACCACACCACCAGGAGCCACUACUGCCACGUCUUUAGAGUCGCUACUAUGGACCAAGCGACCGAAGUGAUCCUAACCCUCGGUGAGGCGUUUGAAGUGGCCUACCAGAUGGCGCUCAGGGAACAAGCGAAUAGGAGCAAAGUCACGCAGGCCAUCACCAAAACGCCGACCCACGACCCCACUACCACCAGCAACAAAGAAAAGCUGAACCAUGGACGAUCCCACUCGAUAACGGAAAUAAAACUCAACGGGCACCAAUUGAAAAUAGCCCCCAUUCCGGCCUCGUUGUCGAACGAGGACUUCCAAGCGUCGAAGAAUCUAGACGCCUCUAGAAGCCCUAAAACGCCGUUACUGAAAGCGCCCAUCGCGUCCACGGAAGAAUUGUGAGACAUCAGGUAAUUGAGGGAUGAUAUUAGAAUAUUUUGAUAGAAAUAUUUAUUUGGGAACGUUAGUUUUAAUUUUAACAGUGUCAGUUUCAUGUAACGGUGGCCUAUUGAUGCCGUCUUUUUUCUGUCUUCCGUUUACAUUAUGCGUUUUUGUAGCAUUAUGAGGCUAAUUUGUUAUUUUCGUACGGACUUGUUUAAAUAUCUCCAUGGAUAGUUUCUUUUUAUAAUGCUAUCGGAUUUGAUUCUAUAAAAGUUAGUAAUUCGUCAAAAUUAUCUCGAAUAGAAAUUUUCAAAAAAUUAUGCCGCUGUAUAUUUACUUUAAUCUUUAUUCGAUUCUAAACGAUUUGAACUGUCUCCGAUAGUCUCGUACGCGAUAUUGUCGUGAAAUAAAUGAUACACACUUAUAAAUAUUUACGCUAAUCAAACAACGUUUAGUUAAAAGUUUUACUAUCGAAUAGUAAAAUUAUACGGCUGUUAUAUUUAUAAUAAUUUUAGUGAUUGUAUAUUUUUGUUCGGUUUAGACGUAACAAUGCAGCUAUAACCUAUAAUUUUAAUGUAUUUUAAAAUGAGUAGUGGUAAUUUUUGGCUCCGUAAUUAAUAUUAAAAUAUUAGGCCUAACGUAAUCUCGAAUGAAGAUAUUAUCGCAUGAUAUUGAUCGGUUACCAGUUUUCAGUGUCGUCUGAUAAAUGUAUUUAUAUAAGCAAAUAGACUUAAUUAUGGGUUGUUAUAAAUCUUAUGACAGAUUUGUCGUGUAACUUAUAGUACAUAACACAUAUCAAGGCAAUGUUAUAUGUUGAAAUGUUCAAUAGUUGUUGGCUUACAUUUUAAUUGUAUUGAUAUCUUCGCUGAGAGCAGCUUGGCAUAUAUAUGGUUUAGACGAAAAUGUUAUAUUGCUGUACGAUAAAUUGUCAGAAAAUGACGAAAAAUAUUCGUUGUUUGUUUGUAUUAAAUUUCAAUAAAUGUAUUGCUCAAUAAAAUUGUCCUUCGCGUUUCACUUCUGUUAAUAUUGUUAUGUACGUUUUAAAUUAGAUAUGCUCUGUUCAAAUUAUCAAAAUAUUUUUAUUAGCGGUCCGCCCGGCCCCCGCCCCUUCUAUACUCUAUACUAUAGAGUCUAUAGUAAUGAGGGAUCACGAACAUAUCCAACAAUGAAAGGUUUUUGAAAUCGGUCCAGCAGUUCCCGUGAUAAGCGCGUACAAACAUACUCUUCGACUUUAUAUUAUAAAGUAAUAAUUUAGAACGGAGCAUAUCUAUUUAGUUUGAUGUAUAUUACGUCAUUGGCUUUAGUCUGAUUUAGUUUGAGAUUUCAUGUAAUGUGAUAAAUAGUAAAGAUAUUUAAAACACUGUGUUCUUUUAUUGAUACUGUUUAACCUGCUUUAUAUGCUUAAAUAAUAUGUAGCACAGCUUUUAUAAAUAUAUAAUGUUGAUUGUCACUACAAUAAAAUUUAUGAAAUGUAUCUAUGAAUGUUGAAUGAUUAUUUAGAGUAUUUAUAUGACAUAGUGAUAGAUUAAGGAGUGUGCCAAAAUGCAAUAAUACAGGUUAUAAAGAACGCUAUUGAAACCCCAAUUGUCUAAGAUAUAGAUAAUAAAUUGCUCACAGAUUGACACCAAAUUAUUUAUAGACGGCUCGAGCGAGUCGCUAUAAUAAUGAUUCGUGUUAAUUAUACAAGAAAGUUUUAUAAAAAUCCAAUGAAGGGCUCAUAUAUAUUCGAUUAUACAAUGAACUUUAUUUCGGGUGAAUUUUGACACUUUGUUUUUUAUUUAUUUCAAUUAUACACCUAAAUAGUAUAGAGUUAAGAACUAAAUUGCACGACUCAAGUGAACAAAUAACGCAUCAACGGUUGGUUAGCUCAUUAUAGAAUACAAUUUUAAUUAAGUGAUAUAUUUUUAAAUCUGAUGUAUACCAAAGAUAUAUAGAUUAUACUGUAUAUUAUGAGAAUUUCGGAUUUGUUGUUGUAAUUUUCUUUAUAAGAAAUGUCACUGCCGACAUAACGAAGUAUGCAUAAGUGAUUUUUACAUGUUUAUAAUGUGUCAUAAUUUGUAUUUAAUUAUCUAUGUAUGAUCUUGUUGUUUAUAGUUUUAUUUUAUAUAUUUCUCGCUUUAUAAAUUGCUUUAAAUAUCUUCGGAAACUCGCUUACAUGUACCUAAAUAGAAUGCUAUUAAAAACAGUUAUUAUGUAUCUCCUAUUUUAAUUUAUUAUAGAGUUAUCUACACGUGUCGUAGCCUAUUCUAUCGAAAUCAAUGUAAAUACAUAUAAUCAUAAAUUUGAAUUC